GGGACCCGAGAAACGUCCAGAACGACGCCGAAGGCCCGCGCCCACGUCGUGAAAGCUCUGGAAGGCGCCAGCCAGGUCGUUGGCCGUUGGGGACUUCGGAAUAAAUAGCGAUGGAGAAGCCCCUUCAGUUACCCCUCAGAGAAGAUCGCGAAGCUUCAAAGCGUAAGCAGAGAGGUAGAGAGAAACAAAAGGAGAGAAAGCAAAAGGGUUGGCGGAUUGCAUCGCACCGUUGCUAGUCAUUUGGUUCGUGGAUCGCUCGGAAGGUUAUAAGCAAUCAAAAAUCCACCUCAUCUGAUUGACAGUAUUAUUAAUCACUUGCCCUUACCCUGUGAGGAAGGGUAGAAACAUCCACAGGUUCUCACUGCCACAGACCCUGUCCUAUAAGGUUAAGCUUUAUUAUUAUUACAGACUCUUAAAUAAUGUUUCCUGCUUACAAAUAUAUGGACCCAUACCCUCAGACUUUGCCUCACCACAGAGACGCUUACCACGUUCCAUAUCCUUGUCGCCACUAUCCGAAUUGGGAGGCUGUACCCCCUCAAAUGAGAGUAGAUUCAUCUAAAUCUCCCUCUUUUGGACCCUGGCCUUACAAUGGCAGCACCAGCCACUCAAAUCCAACUGAAUGUCAUGGCUGCUGCAACUAUAGCUACUCUCCAGGAUAUUAUAGUUUCAGACCUCCAUACCCUCACAUUCAGCCACCUCCUCAAUGUUACUAUCAUGGACCAUAUCCACUUUAUCCUGAUGCCCACCCACCCUAUUUCGUGCCACCUCCUCAUUAUUCGUUUGAUCAUGCUCAUUACGAUUAUGACAAGGCUAAAAAUCACUGCUGUGGAUGUCCAAAUCAUAAGUGCCAUUGGGGUGAGAAUACUGGUGUGAAGAUUGAAGAACAAAAGCUGGAAUCAGAGCCAAAGCCACAGGAGAGUGACUCCAGCUUGAUUAAAUUGCCAAACUCCCCUUAUCCUGUAGCGUGGGUUCCCAAUAAUUAUUCAAAGGAGAAAGACACAAGCCAAAAUUCUGAAUCACAACCUGGACUUUGGAAUGAAUGGAUCCCUCUAGACAUUAACAACCUCAAGGGUCUGAGGCACGAUGGAGAUGACAAAAAGCUCUCACAGAAUGAAGAGAAAAAGAGUCAGUGUCCCUGGCCAAUUUUCUGGAUGCCUGGUUAUAACAAACCAGAGCAGGUUGUGAAUGAUCUGAAGGAGUUCGGUACCAGUCCAAAAGUUUCAGAAGAAAUGCCAAAAGUUAAGAUUAUCCCACUGAAAUUUCUAGAGAAUGAGAAUCGUGUGGAGAAACUAGGAGUAGCAGAGGAUGAGCUUGCAACUCGAGCACGUCGAGAACCAGUAAGUGAAAAGGAAAUGAAAACUAAAACCAUUCCAGUUAGGCAAAUGGAGGAAAGCAGUGAAAAUGAGAAGCAAAAUGAAAAGAAUGACAAAAAGAAGUCUAGUAUCUCUAAAAAACAAAAGGAAGAGAAUGGAGUGAACAAGCCUUCUGAUGGCAAACAAUCAUCAACUGUCAAGUCAUCAAAGCUGCCUCCUGUAUGUUUAAGAGUUGACCCAUUGCCAAGGAGGAAGAAUGGAAAUGGCACAUUCCGAUCUCCUAGUCCACCUGGCCUUAAAGAGAAAGAGAAAAUUCAUCAGGAUAACAAAGAACAAGGUUCAACUCAGAAAGAGAUCAAGGAGGAAAUUCCUGAGAAAGAAAUUCGGGUUGUUGAUGUUAAGGAUAAGUCAUUAAAUGAAGUAGAAAAACAAGAGCAGGGUAGCCAAGAUGUGGUGCCAACCAUUUUGAUAAAAAAUGAUCUGCAGAAAGCUAUUACAGAGAAAUCUAAUGAAGUUUGUGAGCAGAGGAUUAAAGAUGGUUGGGGUGGUGGUGAAGCUUCAGAUAGUAUUGGAGUAGAAAUAAAGGACUCUGACAAUGGGAUAUCUGAUGACCAGGAAAAGAAGAUUGAGGAGAGUAGAGGAAUGGAGGUUGCAGAAAUGAAAAAGGCGGAUGCAAGGAAAGAAAGAAGGAAUUUAUUAGAAUCAGAUGCAGCAAUUCUUAUUCAGUCUGCAUAUAGAGGGUUUGAAGUGAGAAGAUGGAAACCUUUGGAGAAACUUAGGAAGAUAGCUCAAAUUCAUGAACAGGUGGAGGAUAUCAAAAAACAAAUUCAAAGUUUUGAAACCUCUUCAAAAGGGCAAGAUAUGAAGCAAAAGGUGGUCAUAAGUGAGACUAUAAUGAAUCUGCUUUUGCAGCUGGAUACCAUCCAGGGCUUGCACCAAAGUGUAAGAGAGGUCAGGAAAUCUGUUGCGAGAGAGCUCAUUUGCCUACAAGAGAAGCUUGAUUCUCUAAGCAGUCAUGCCACUGUAGAGCAUGAAUCAUCUGAGAUUGAAGAAAGUACUAUCAGCAAAGCUUUUGAUCAUCAAGCUACUUGUCUUGAAAGUUCAGCUGCAGCGGCUGAAGCAUCGUCUGAGCAGGCUUAUGAACAACUAUGUGAUCAGAACUGCACCAUAGAUUUCACAUCUAGAGAAAAAAUGCAAGAGGCUGAGGUAGAGAAAAAGAAAGACACACUAUUAGUAACAGAAAAUCAAGAGCUAGAAUCUGUAUCAGGAGAGGCUGCAGAUUUGUUGAACAAAGAAAUGACCUCUUGUGUGAAUGGAGAGCAUAAAGAAGCACCUAUGCAGGGAGAGGAACAACCUGUUUCUGAAGCUGUGGCAUUGGAAGAUUCAAAAUUGUUCAUUGAAGAGCCUUCCCUUAAGCUAGAAGAAUGUUCGGCAUCUUUGGCAUCUAGUGUCAAGGAGGUUCUCAAGGCACCUUCUGCUGCUAAAGCUGAAGCCACCAAGUUGGAUGUGGAAGAGCAUUUAGAGACACAAAGGCCUAACUGUCAAGAUUUUGAAUCAGUGAAGAAAGAGAUGUGUGAUUAUGGAGCUCAUCCAAACACACAGGUGAAUCUAGAAAUGGAGAAGGGUUUGAUGGAAUCAUUGGAGAGAUGCGAUGCUAAGAAAGCUACUGAAAUCAAAGUUGAAGAGCAUGAAGCUGUUUCCAAUGCAUUAAAGUUUCAAGAACCUCUGCCAGAAAAGGAUGAACCUAACUCUGAGAAUGAGGCACCUAUUACGGGGAGCAUUGAAGAUGACAGCAAAGAAAAGGAUCUCCAAAUGUUGUCAUUGCCAGAAGAAAGUGAUUUUAUGGGGAAGACUGUAGGAGACGUGCCUGCUGACACCAUGGAAGUUCUAAACACAGCACAUGUCACUAAUGCAGUAAACUUUGUGGAAACCAUGCCAGGAGUUGGUGAAUUUAGCUCUGAGGACAAGGCAUCCAUCACUUAUGUCAGCGAAGCCGGAACUAAAAAGGAGCCUCGAAUGUUACCAGUGGAAAAAGAAAAUAAUUUUGCAGAGGAGGCAUCCGGAGAUGCAGCUGCUGAUACUAUAAACAUUGAAGUCGCAUCUGCAACAGCUGUUACUACUGGGGCUUCUGAAGAGAGUAUUGAUGUUGGAAGUAUGAUAGAGAAGAACUUAGAUAUGCAAGCGACAAUAGUUGGCAUCAUGUCACAGGACCAAAUUACCGUGCAGGGCAGAUCUCCUGAGUCUGGCAUAGAGAAUAGAACCAACUCAAGGGCUGCUGAUGAGGUCAUUGAACAUAAAGAGAUGUCUUUAGCAUCUAAAACUUGCCUAGAAGCAACUAUGGAUAAAGAUGCACCUUCAUCCUUGAAGGAAAUUCAUCAUAAAGAGUCCUCUCAUGUGCCAAUUGUAGAAGCAGUUACUAAUGAAGCAAGUACUCCAGUUCCAGAAGAAGAGGGAAUUGCUGCUGCUCAACCUAAAGAUUCCAUUCCAAUAGCUGGACCAGUUUCGAUUAUGAAUUUGAGCAUGGAGGACAAGUUGGUGAAAGAAAAUGAGAAGCUAAGGGAGAUGUUAGAGAAAUUGCUUCUUAUGGGAAAAGAGCACAUGGGAGUUAUUUCCGAUCUUAAUGGGAGAAUCGAGGAUCUAGAGAAGAAGUUGGCACGUAAGAAGAAGAAGAUGGUGAAGGUUAGACGACACAAACCAGCCAAGACUUCUUGUUGUAAAGUUGCAUGCUGAAACAUCAUGUGGAGAAUGAUGGAGAAGGCUAUAACUAUGCAUGAUUAUUUCUGUCCUGUGAUAUGAUUCUGUCUGUCUGUUUUGUAACAAAUAAAAGAGUUUCAAUGUAAGACAGUUUCUUUUGUGCCUUAAGAUUUUUCUCUGCAUUUUGAGUUUAUAUUUUCAUACUACUUGGAAUAAAAAUGAUCUCUUGCACCAAUUUUGGAUGUGACAUGAGAUUU